AUGGAGUUCUUCAACACCACCAAGGCUGUGAAGCUCCGCAGUCACCUCGACAAGUACCUCGUCGCAGACGACAACCAAGAGUCCGUGCACCAGAGCCGAAACGGCGCCUCCCGAAAAGCUCGAUGGACAGUCGAGCUCGUCGACAACAAAUCCCACGUCGUCCGCCUCAAGAGCUGUCACGGCCUCUACCUCGCCGCCGCCGACCACCCCUUCCUCCUCGGCAUGACAGGCAGAAAAGUGCUCCAGGCGGAAGCCGACAAGAGCAUGGGCUUCAAGUUCGAGUGGGAGCCCAUACGCGACGGCUUUCAGCUCAAGCUGCGGACGUGGUGCAGCAAGUACUUGCUCGCCAACGGUGGGCCGCCGCCAUGGAGGAACGCCGUCACUCACGACGACCCUACCACGUCUUCUACCCAGACCGUCAUCAUGCGCGACAAGACCACUGGCCAGCCCAGGGGCUUCGGCUUCGUUGUCUCCUCUGAUCCCUCUGUGCUCGAUAGGGUCCUCAACGAUAAGCACACCAUUGAUGCCCGAGUGUUGCAGAGAGAGGCUCUUUCUCGGCCAAGGACCACCAUGACCCACCUCCUGCACCACUCUUCGACGCAGUGGAGCUCACCAAAUGGUCCUUUUAUAGAGCUCUCAUAG